AUGCGCAUGUUACAACAGAAAAUGGACGAGAUGCAGCAACGUCACGAGGAAGAGAUGGCGGCCGUAAGGGCCGACUGCGAAGCUCGGAUAGCCCGGGAGACCGGACGAAUGGACGGGGGAGAACGAGUGAAGGAUAAAGGAAAGGGUGUGGAAGAACGCACGCCCCCAAAUACCGAAGGCGAUAGGACUUGGAGGCCCUCCGGGUCGGAGGCCGAAGAAAGCCAAGCUAAAUCGGUACACGCGGAAAGCGCUGCCGAGGACGGGCGGAUGGUGGUUAAGUCCGAACCUUCAUCCACCCUGUUACUUCCAUUCACCCAAAGCAUAAUGAAUGUCCAAAUCUCGGAGCAAUUCAUGGCACCGCAAUUCAAAAUGUAUAACGGAACGACGGAUCCGGCGUCCCAUAUCCAGACAUUCUCGAACGCCAUGGCGUUCCGGAUCGGCAAUGACUCCAUUUGGUGCCGAGCGUUCUCGCUCUCACUUGAGGAAGAAGCUUUAGAAUGGUUUAACACCCUCCCCCCCAAUUCAAUAGGAAACUUUACCGGAUUAAAACAGCUAUUCAUUAAACAAUUCGCAGCCAGUAGUACCCAGGACCUGACCGUAUUCGAAUUGAUGACUCUCAAACAGGGGAAGGACGAACCGCUGCGAUCGUUCAUGGACCGGUAUCAGAAGACCGUCCGGCGCGUGAAAAGCCUGACCCCAGAGCUCGCCCUUCAUUACAUCCUGCCGGCUCUUAAGCCGGGACCGUUCAAGGAUAGCGUCUGUAGGCGAGCGCCCAAAACUAUGGAAGAGUUGAGAGAGAGAGCGGCAGACGAGAUACGGGUGGAAGAAAUGAAACUCUCUUACAAAAAAGAGAACCAGGAGUCCAGAGGAGAAAGAACGGACGUUAAUAAGCCCAGUCGGUUGACGGAAAAAACGUCCGGUCCUAGGCCCAGGGAACAGAAUAGGGGACCUCGUUUCCAACAGUAUACACCUUUGAACGCCUCAAGGGAAAAAAUCUUGCGAGAAGCCCUAAACGCAGAAUUGAUACCGGAACCAGAGGGGUUCCCGACAACGAAGAACGCUGACCGAAGCAAACACUGUGCAUACCACAAAAAUAUGGGUCAUGACACUGAAGAGUGUUGGACCCUCAGAGACAAGAUAGAGGAGCUCAUCCGGGGAGGAAAGCUCAAAAAAUACGUCCGUGAUGAGCACCCCCCGCAACCAACCAGUCGGCCUACUCAGAGGCCGGCCUAUCGAAAGGAUAAGACAAGGAGCGCGAAGGUCGACCAACCCCGCUCGGAGAGGCGACCGAACCGAAGCCGAAGCCAUAGCAGGGAACGCCCCUUGAGAGGGCAUAUUAACACCAUUUCCGGAGGAUUCGCGGGGGGAGGGUCGUCCUCCUCCGCUCGAAAACGCCAUGUCCGAUCCCUCCAGUCCGUGCAUUUAGCGGACAAACCUCGCCGCUCCAUGCCACCCAUCACCUUUUCGGAUGAAGACUUCCACGCUCCUGAUCCGGACCAGGACGACCCAAUGGUCAUCACUGCAGAGAUAGCGCGGUAUGGAGUCAGCAAGGUUCUGGUUGACCAGGGAAGUUCGGUCAACAUCCUCUACUGGAAGACCUUCUUGCAGAUGGAUAUAUCCGAGGACCUCAUCGUUCCUUAUGAUGGGCAGAUAGUAGGCUUUGCGGGGGAAAGGGUGGAUACAAGGGGGUACGUGGAGCUGAGAACAAGGUUAGGAACCGGACGCUCUAGCGAAGAGAAGAGGGUCCGGUACCUAAUAAUAGAGGCGAACACAUCGUACAACGCGCUGCUCGGAAGACCAUGCCUAAACGCGUUUGGGGCAAUCAUCUCUACCCCUCACCUCACGAUGAAGUACCCCUCCACAAAGGGAACUAUUUGCACGGUCCAGGCGGACCAGAAGACAGCCCGGGAAUGCUACGCGGCAGGUUUGAAGCUGCACGUCCGACCUAUAAAAAGAAGAGCGGUCGGCUCCGAGGUUGCUAUGGCAGACCUCGAUCCGAGGAUGAAUACCGAGGACCGUCUCGAGCCCAUUGGAGAAACCCAACCUAUUUCGAUAGGGAGGGAACCUGCCCAGACCACCCUCAUCGCCAGGGAGAUGAACCCUGAAAUGGAAAAGGAGCUAAGGGCAUUACUUUGGAAGAACCGGGAUCUAUUUGCGUGGACGGCAGCAGACAUGCCGGGCAUCCAUCCCGCGGUAAUGUGCCACAAGCUCUCCCUUUUCCAGAACGCCCACCCAGUCGCGCAAAAGAAGAGAAGAAUGGGCGAUGAAAAACGACAAGCUGUAGAGGAGGAAGUAGGAAAGCUAAAAAAGGCCGGCUUUGUGCGGGAAGUCACAUACACCACAUGGCUGGCUAACGUGGUCAUGGUGAAAAAGGCCAAUGGAAAGUGGCGCAUGUGCACAGACUAUACGGACCUGAACAAAGCCUGCCCGAAAGAUUCACACCCCCUACCCAGCAUAGACGCCCUGGUGGACGGCGCUUCUGGACAUCGGGUACUAAGUUUUCUAGAUGCAUAUUCCGGAUACAACCAGAUACCCAUGUAUGGGCCGGACAUCGAGAAGACGGCGUUCAUGACGGAGAAGUCCAACUUCUGUUAUGAGGUCAUGCCGUUCGGCCUAAAGAAUGCCGGGGCGACGUACCAGCGUUUAAUGGACCGGAUUUUCCGAGACCAGAUAGGCCGGUGCAUGGACGUAUACGUCGACGACAUGGUCGUUCGGUCCGCGGAUGGAGAAGGACACCUCAAAGACCUUGAGGAGGUGUUUCGACAAGUAAGGAAGUUCGGCAUGCGCCUAAACCCCGCCAAAUGUACAUUUGGGGUAGCUGCCGGAAAGUUCUUGGGCUUCAUGCUAACAUCCCGGGGGAUUGAGGCCAACCCGGACAAGUGCGAAGCGAUAUUGCAAAUGCCAAGUCCGACCACCCUGAAAGAGAUUCAAAGACUGAUCGGACGCCUCACCGCCUUGUCCCGUUUUAUCCCCAACCUGGCGGACAGGAUGAGGCCGGUCCUCCGGAAAUUGAAAAAAGGGGGUGGCCCAACAUGGGACGACGAGUGCGAACGGGCGUUUCAGGACGUAAAAACACUCCUUGUUAACCCGCCAGUAAUGAACCGCCCAGUCCCAGGGGGAGAUCUUCACGUCUUCCUAGGAGUGUCGGAGACGACCAUUAGUGCCGUGCUAAUGCAGGAACGGCCUCAGCCGAGGCUAAUCUAUUUUGUGAGUCGCACGCUCCUCGACGCCGAAACCCGAUACCAACGGGUGGAGAAGGUGGCCUUAGCUUUGUUGAACGCCUCCCGAAGGCUCCGUCCUUACUUCCAAAGUCAUCAGGUGAUAGUCAGGACCGACUUCCCUAUUUCCAAGAUCCUGAGGAAGCCGGACUUGGCCGGACGGAUGGUCUCCUGGGCGGUCGAACUUUCAGAGUUUGGUUUACGGUAUGAGCCCAGAGGAUCGGUUAGGGGCCAGCACUUAGCAGAUUUCGCGGCCGAGUUACCGCCGUCCAGCCAGGACGAGUGGAGUUUGUAUGUAGACGGAGCGUCCGGUCGAUCGGCCAGCGGGGCCGGCAUCGUACUCGAGGGCCCCAACGGAUUCUUAUUGGAGCAUUCCUUGAUCUUCAAGUUCAAGGUGUCUAACAAUCAGGCCGAAUAUGAGGCCUUGGUGGCCGGCCUCGAGUUGGCAAAAGACAUGGGGGCCAGAAGAAUCACUUGCCGGACGGACUCAGAGCUGGUGGUUGGUCAGAUGAAUGGCAACUUCCAAGUUCGAGAGGAGCGUCUGUUGAGGUACUUCCAGCGAGCAACGGACCUCGCGAAAGCGUUCGAUAAGUUGGAUAUACGGCACAUUCCCAGGGAACAAAACACACGGGCGGACGUGUUGUCCAAGCUUAGUUCGGGAAAGGAGAAGGGGCAGUUGACUACUGUCGUACGGCAGGUCCUACUACAACCUUCCGUGGAAUGCUCGGCGAUAUCCGGCGAGGGACAAGAUUGGCGGGCAGGAAUCCGGGAAAUCAUGAACCGCCAGGAUAAGGGGGAGACGGUAGGUCCGGGCGAAGCUAAGAGGGUCGCCCGUUAUCUCAUCGUGGGAGACGAUCUGUACCGCAGAGGAUUCUCCUCCCCUCUCCUUAAGUGCUUGGGAGAGGCAGAGGCACUUUACGUUAUGGACGAACUCCAUAACGGCAUUUGUGGUUUUCACACAGGAUGGCGAGCUCUAAAAGCCCGAAUAUUGAGAGCCGGAUAUUACUGGCCUACGGUUGAAGCCGACACAAAAACGUUCGUCCAGAAAUGCGUCCGGUGCCAACAGCAUUCCAACAACUCUCACCUACCGCCGCACGCCCUCCACUCAAUGACUUCCCCGUGGCCGUUCGCACAAUGGGGUAUGGAUAUCGUUGGACCGUUCCCAUUAGGGCAGGCGCAGAAGAAGUUCCUCCUGGUGGCGGUGGACUACUUCACGAAAUGGGUAGAAGCCGAGCCACUGGCAACCAUUACGGCCGCCCAAGUACAGAAGUUUUGUUGGAAAUUGGUAUGUCGUUUCGGCCUCCCUCGGUCGAUCAUCACAGAUAACGGCCGACAGUUCAUUGACAAGAAACUGGCCGAGUUCUUCAAAGGGUUGGGAGUUAGGCACGUCACCAGUUCGGUCGAACACCCCCAGACGAAUGGGCAAGCGGAAGCGAUGAAUAAGACCAUAGUCUCGGAGCUUAAACGGCGCCUGGGAGAAAAGAAGGGAGCGUGGGUUGACGAGUUGCCAGAGGUCCUAUGGGCGUACAGAUGCACGCCCCAUGGAACCACUGGCGAAACCCCUUUCAACUUAACCUACGGUACUGACGCUAUGUUACCAGUCGAACUGGGGGAGCCGUCCUUUAGACGUCAAGUCGAUGACCUGAACCUCAACGACCAAGAGCUGAGGAUCGAAUUGGACUCCCUAGAUGAACGACGAGAGCGGGCCGUAUUGAGGGCCGAAGCGUGCAGGCGCAUGGUUGAAAGAAAGUACAACUCCAAGGUCCGGCCAAGGAGCUUCCAGGAGGGAGAUCUCGUAUGGCGAAAAGCCGGGGAUGCCCGCCGGAACCCAGCGCAUGGGAAGUUUGCAGCCAAGUGGGAAGGGCCAUUCCGCGUGGUGGAAACCCUGGGAAACGGGGCUUACAGGUUACAACGCAUGAACGGACAUCCGGUCCCCAACACUUGGAACGCUACGCAUCUAAAAUUUUACUUCAGUUAA